AUGUUGACGCUCACACAACGCAACCGAGUGCAGUGUCUAGCUCCUCCUUAUAUGAGAGUACUAAGUGACAACACGGCUGAAGACGUGUAUGUCGAUGUCCAUGAGCUGGCUCAACACGGUAAGGACGGCUUUAUCGCAAAGCUGAGACUGCAACGUCUGGUCUCGGGAUCGGGCAUACGCCGGAACAUGCUUUGGAAUGUGGCGAAACUGAGCGCCACGGCCGAUGGUAUCGCUGACCCGAUAAGUGAAGGAGAAGGUGAAGAGGAAAAAAUCGUGCGUGAAAGACUUUACGCUGGUGAUGAGGCUGUUCGCGAGGAGGUAGCGUACGUGCUCGAUUAUCGCAGCAAUGGAUUCUGUGGUGUGCCGCCAACAGCAGUGGCUCGACUGCGACUAGCAAAUAUGGGGCGAGAAAAACAAGGUGAUGUGCAACGUUUCAUGACAAGCUCCAUUGGAAGUAUGGAAAGCUUUGGCAUGCCCUUUGACCUCGACAAAGCGCGCGAAUUCGUCUCUGUGGAGCAAGUGCACCAUAUUGCGCUUUUGGACGUACGCGUCUUCAAUACGGACAGACAUCCAGGCAGUAUUCUUCUCAUGGGUGAGAAGAAGCCGUACACAAUGGUGCUUAUUGACCACGGUUGCAUUCUUCCGAGUUGGUUCCAUCUAUCGGAAGCACGUUUUGACUGGCUAGAGUGCCCACAAAGUCGUGCAGAACUUUCAAGUUUGGUGACGCAGUACAUCGACGGACUCGAUGUCGAGAAAGAUGCAAAGGUGGCAUCAACGCAAGGCAAGACGUUGUUCUGGAUAAGAAACGUCAUGACACCGAGUUCAAUGAACAACGUGGUGAGAUCGAAAAAGGCGUGCUAUGUCGCCGUCCACCCUAUCGAUUUUCUCCUUGUACUCGAACAAAUGCUUGUUGUGGCAAUCAAAAGCGACAAGCCCUAG